GCCUGAAGCAGACCUGCCUGCAUGCCCACUGCAAAGCGUGUCUACCUCUCUCGACCUCUGUCCCUUUCCGGUUGCACGUCUCUUCUGAAACGCCCCCCCCCCCCACACUCUCUCUCUCUCUCUGGCGUCUGAGCUGAGCGACGUCGUCUCCGUCGUCCCCUUUAUUGCGCGAGGCUGCGGCGCCCAUAGAGGAGACAUGGCUCCGAGACUGGCACUGUCUGUUGUCAUCCAGAGGAGGAUGGCCCCCCCUUUGAGUCUUGGUUCCUCUCAAAGUUCUUCCUCAAGCUCUAGGGAGUUUCUCCUCACCACUUUCGCCCUUGGCUUGCUCACUGAGGGCUUGGACUCUGACAUUUAUAAAGCUGCUUUGUGAAAAAAUCUGUUAUAAAAAGCGCUAUAUAAAUAAAUUCGACUUGACACUCAGUGCUGCUAUGAUGGCUGGAUGGAUGGAUGGAUGGAUGGAUGGACGGAUGGAUGGACGGACGGAUGGAUGGACGGACGGAUGGAUGGAUUCUACCAAUAAUGGGAGGAGAGGAUGAAAAUGUGAAAAACCUUUACAAUUUACAAUGAAUGACUUCGUUUGCUUCCUUUCAGUCCAGCUUGCUUCAGAUGAACAAUUUAGAUUUCUGCCCGAUUGAUGCCACCUUGACUGAUGGAAUGUCAACCUCAGACAGCCAGUUCGAGAUCUUAAACAGCAUGGCACAUGCUUUUGUGUAUUAAAAUCUGAAUGCGGUUUCUGGGGGAACCUUGAGAGUUGCAGGCUAGUAGAUCUAUGAAGGAUAAAGUGUUUCAAAGGCAUGUGCAGGUUCUUCCAGAGGAGCCCUCCUGAAGGCCAUAAGAUGUGUCCUUCUUGCAGUAUGCGGCCAAGCACUCAGCACUCCACCAGCUCAGCAGCAAGGGUGUGACAUCAUCUAAUCCCUCCUCGAUGGCAACACUGUAGAGACGGCGCCUCGUCCGGACCUUGACACAGAGGUCUGAAACUGGCGGGAGUCCGAGUCCCCCCCUCCACACCGAGAUGAUAAGUCAGGACGAGUCAAAGUCGCGCCCGAUGAUGGAGCUGAGGGAGCGGCUGCAGCCGGAGGUGGCCGAGCUGAUCCGGCAGCAACGCCUCAGUCGCCUGUGCGAGGGCACCUGCUUCAGGAAGAGCGCUGCCCGCCGCCGUCAGGAUAAGUUCUGGUACUGUCGUCUGUCACCCAACCACAAAGUACUGCACUACGGGGAUGUAGAGGAAUUUUCACAAGGGCAAAUCCCCCACGACUCUCUCCAGGAGAAACUAACAGUAGCGGACAUCAAGGCACUGAUAACUGGGAAAGACUGCCCUCAUAUGAAGGAGAAGGGAGCACUGAGACAGAAUAAGGACAUGUUGGACUUGGCUUUCUCCAUCUUAUACGAAUCUGACGAAUAUUUGAAUUUCAUUGCCCCUGACAAGCAUGAGUACUGCAUCUGGACUGAUGGCUUGAACGCUCUUUUGGGGAAGGAGAUGACAAGUGAGCUCACCAAAUCAGACAUGGACACACUGGUUACCAUGGAGAUAAAACUCCGCCUCUUGGACCUUGAGAACAUUCAGAUCCCCGAGGCCCCGCCCCCCAUCCCAAAAGAGCCGAGUAAUUAUGACUUUGUUUACGAUUACACCCAGCAGCAGACCUGAGACAGGUCUAAGGUAUUCCAUCAUGGCUGACAGGAGUGCGGCAGGACUAUGCUUCUCUUCACCCACUGCUUAAUUCUGGUCUGGGGAGAGAACCAGGAUAAGUUAAACUGUUGCCCUUUCCUGGCAUGUCUAAACGAUGUUGAAUACAAACCUUGGAACCCCGUUUUGCCUGGAAGGCAUAUCCUGUAUAUCCCCACCUUCUUCCACAUAUCAUGACUAGAAUGUGAUGCUUUAGCUUCUUGGCCCCUAAUAGAUAUUCUUUAGUGGUAAAAGUCUCAAAAACAAGGGUCUAUCAACCUGGAGGAAAAGAUGCCACUUCACAAUAACACUUCUUUGCACAACUAGAAGUAUCAGUUUUAUUGAACUGAUUUUACUGAAUCAAUUUUAUUGAACAUUUCUUGAUGUUCAAGUUGUAACCUAAAUUGUUAAUAUAUAACUGCAUCAAUAUGUUAUUUGAAUUAUGAUUGACUUUUUCUUCGUUUGGCUGGAUGGCUCACCUACUGCCAUUAUUUGUUUCUUCAACCACUAGUCAGUUAAUUUAAACAUAAAUAUGUUUUUGACAGAUUCAUAAUUGCUUUGCAUUCACUAGAUCAGUUUACAUUGAUUCAAGAAUUAAUUCAAAGACUGAAGGAUGUGCUCAUUCCCCUGAACUAUCAAUCAGUGCCCUUUUGAUUAGAAUAAAUUAGAAUCAGAAGUCAGAUAAACAAUGCAUUAAAAAAUAUAAAUUUAGUUUUUAGCUUUACAAGUACACCAUGACUAAUGAAGAUCGUUUUUAGAGAUUUUUCCAGCUUGUAUCAGGAGAUGUUAAUAUAUACCAGAGUCCCCCGACCCAUAAUGCUUAUUUAUACUCUUACUCCUAAGAAUGGUGUGUAGUUCUCAUGAGUCAUUGGGGUGCCACCGAGCAGGGGACACUGAGAUAUGUUGAGACAGACAGACAGGUGGACACGAUUUAUUUCAACACCGCUACAGCUCCACAGCUCCUAAAAAAUAAAGGGACUCAUUGGCCACAUCAGUAACCCCAAAACUAGCCAACUGAUCCACCCAACAUCCAGUCUGGCAGAAAUUCCCUUCCAUGAAAUUCCAGAUCAUUAAAGGUUACGCUUCGUAAUAUCUUUCUUUGUGCUUGAAUUAAUAGGAAAAUGUCCAUUACUUUCUGUAUUUUGUGGACACACCUUGAAGAUUCAAAAUUCUUGACAAUAGUUUAUUUGUUGCGCAGGACUGUUUAGCUAUCCAAUGGUCUUCAUCAGUAGUCACAUUCUGACCACUGGGCUACUGUUAGCUGGAUAUUUGUGGGUGGUGGAUCACCCUUAAUCCAGAACUGAUGCCUAAGUCUAAAAAAUAUCACCAGCUAAAGUACUGAGCCCAAUAACCCUGGACCAGCUCAGUCUAUCAUGUUGGUGGUGAUGCUGUGUGUAGAAUGGUAUGCCACAUAGACGUUAUCCAGAAUGCUGGGGCUGUGGUGAGAAGAUGACCAGUGAUGAACCAGGUAGAUGGUGGCUGACCACUUGUGAUUGCUUACAGAUAGCUACAGUCUGUAAUUAUGCACUUAUAAAAAUACCACUGUAAGACACGUGUAUAUAUAAAGUUAUUAUAGGUACAAAAUAGGUGUUUAAUAAAGUGAUUAGUGAGUGUAUAUAAUUAAAGUAAACAUAGACUAACAUCAGCAGUCCCUGAUAGUGUCUUUUACAUGAAAACUAUACUGACCAUAGUACUUAUAACAGAAAUACUUUUUUUAUUUUUUUUUUGCUGUGUAAUUUAUUUUCCAAAAAUGUUACCUUUUUACAUUUUCAGUUGUUUAGUCUACACCCUAUGUAUGGCCCUGUACAGUCAUCUUAUCAUGCCAACAAGUGGGAAGGGACCAACAUAAAAUUACAGACAGCACUAACCAAUUUUACUGCAGAAAAUAUUGUCACAUACAGAAAGGAAAUCGAAUCACAAUAUAGGUAAGUCUGUAAGUCUGUUUUAAGUGUCUCUUGUGUGAAUUACUCUGUAAAAAAGAAAUCUGAAAAUCUUCACUAUUAGCAAUAUCUAAAUAAUUCUUUCAUAAAUCUAAACUAGCAAUAUGCACAAUGAUUAUUCAAAAAAAAAAUUUCCUAAGGUUUUUAGAUUUUUCAAUAUUGCUUAACUACAUUGUUAUAAUGUUGUAUUGAUGUGACAUUCAUCAGCACAUUCAUUUUUUAAGCGGUCAUUUGUCUUCUCAUUUCGGAGUGAUGUUUUGCAGAAGACAGAAUCAUUAGCAUUUGACAGUAUCAUAUAAAUACAAUUAAAGUAUUUUGAUGCUUUGU